AUGCCAGUGGUCAAGAGGCCAUGUCUUCAAUGCAAAGGUGAUGAGGGACAACCUAGAUGUAAUCGUUGUAUCGUCAAGAACUUGCCUUGUGCUCGACCAGCCAAAAAGACCGUCUUUCGCAAUUCAUCAACUGGACCUUUGACUAAUCAGACUUGGAUCAACAGCGAGGUCAGAGACUUUGGCAGUAACCCUCGGAGCCACUUUGAUGUAGACAGCGGCAGGUCCCCGAGGCUCAUAGCAGACCACACUGAGGCAUCAUCACAUGUCCAAAGAGAAUUGCCACCCUUCCACGACAGUAUAAGAAACAAUCAUCCGAUAUAUCCGACUACAACCACGCCGCAAUCAACUGGAAACUCACCGAGUUAUCCAUCAUCACCUUGGCAGCAAGGAACCGGUCGAUCACCCACGGAUCAACCAAGUGUUUCAAGUGUCUAUUCAGCGAGCCAUGAUCAGCCGUCUCCCUACGGUCCACCGCAUGACCAGAACAGGGACCAUGUCCCGUCUCCAAGAGGCUAUCAGACGUACAGUUCUGUGGAAUCGACGAGAUUUCCGCUCCAAGAUCCACAAGAGGCAUGCUUGCUACGAUAUUUUGUGGAAGAGUUGUCACAUUGGUUGGAUCUCUGUGACGAGAGAAGACAUUUUCAGCUUGUUGUGCCCAUUAGAGCUCGACAUCAUCCGCCAUUACUCUAUGCGAUAUUCGCAUUAUCAGCUCGACAUCUAAGCCGUUUACCUAAGUAUAAAACGCCACAGGGAAUAUUAUAUCAAGGACAAUUACUGCCUAAACUUACACCUCAUGACGCAGUAGAAUACACGUUAAAAUGUAUUCCUGCGCUCCGAGAUUUUCACACUAUUCAAGAUGACGAAAAGCUCGAGAGUAUAAUCGCAACAGCUGUCAUUCUUCGUCAAUUAGAAGAGAUCGACGACGAAGAAGAUAGUAGCAGCGAACAGGACGAGCAAGAGCGGAAUCAACACGGAAAAGAAACACAAACGUCAAAGCCUCAGGUGAAUUUCUUGGCCAUCAUCGAUGCCGUCCUGAGAAGUCCACCGUCAAGGACCCUGUUCGGUCGCCGAUCCCUCAUCCAAGCGGCAUACUGGAUGGCCGUUCGCCAGGAGCUCUACCACUCUUUCACGAAACGGCACCCGCCAAAAAUGGUUCUGGACGCGGAAUACGGUCUCGGCGCGUCAAAAGCUAACAAGAUUGUCCUUCACACGGCACAGGUAGCAAAGUGGCGAUGGGCUGAUGGGUCUGAGCAAGAGUGGUUAAGACUACAGAAACAGGGCGAAACUCUCGAAGAGGAAGCUUUGAGGGAGUACCAGCCGUUUUACAUGCGUCCGGCUGAUAGGUCUAAUGGGGAGAUCUUCCCGAUUAUCUGGUACUCGUCCGCGCUCGAGGUGACAAGCAUGCAGCUGUGCAUCAUAGCUAAGAUGGUUCUCAUGGCAGAGAAUCCUUUCCUCGGAGGGAAUUCAUCAACACGUGCGCAGUGGAGAGAGAUUGAGAAUCAGGUUCGACAGAUGAUACUGGAUUUAUGCGGUAUCAGUCUUUGUCAUCCAGGUUGUCCGCCUGCUUUGGUUCAUGCUGCCUUUGGAAUGGAGUUGUAUGGAGAUUUCUUCACUGAUGAGUAUGAAAGAAAAGCUUUGAGAGGCGUUGUUGAUAAAUUUCGCGAUGCGAGAGCUUGGCCUGUCCAAAACCUGUCAAGGAUAUUCGAGUAA